AUGAAACGCAUCCAACGUGGUCCUGUUCGGGGUAUUUCCUUCAAAUUACAAGAAGAAGAACGUGAACGAAAAGAUAAUUAUGUUCCCGAUGUUUCUGCUUUGGGAGUAGAUAACAUUGAAGUUGAUGCUGAUACCAAGGAACUCCUUAAAUCACUGAACCAUGAAAAUUUGGAUGGAAUUACUGUUGUGACUCCUGUGGCACUUAAUCCGUUAACUGAGCGUGGUCCUCGUGGCCCCAGGCGAACCGGAGGCGGCGGUGGAGGUGAUCGUCCACGGCAACAAGCUGAAUCCUAA